CUGCAGCUGCUGGUGGAGAUCGUCUGGCCGCUCUUCAUCUUCUUCAUCCUCAUCGCUGUCAGACUCAACUACCCUCCGUACGAGCAGCAUGAGUGUCACUUCCCCAACAAGGCGAUGCCGUCAGCCGGCACGUUGCCAUGGUUACAGGGAAUCCUCUGCAACGCCAACAACCCGUGUUUCAGGAGCCCAACGCCUGGAGAGAGUCCGGGGGUCGUGGGAAACUUCAACGACUCCAUAAUCUCCCGCCUGUUCUCCGACGCCAAGAAGAUUCUGCUCUACAGCCAGAACGACAAGAACCUGGAGGGCUUCAAAGAACUGGCCCACGCUCUGAAGGAGCUGCAGGAGAGCCGCUCAGGGUUCAAGCUGAAGCACUUCCUGCGAGACAACGAGACGAUGAGCAACUUCCUGCUGAGGAACGCCUCGAUGUCCGAGGAGAACUUGCUUCUGAUCCGAGACGCCGACGUCAACCUGGAGAAGGUGCUUCUGAAGGGGUACGGCGUGCACCUGCAGGACCUGUGUCCCGGGCGGGGGGGGCGCCGGCUGCAAGACUUCGUGACGCUGGCUGACCCUCGGCUGGCGGCUGGUUUACAGGAAGUGAUCUGCAGCGCACCGAUUGGCUGGCUGGACGCCGCCGAGAAACUCUUCAUGGACAACCUGGACUUCCUGAAGCCCGUCCAGAUGAGCGUUCGCACCGACCCAGAGGCCAUCCGGCUCGUUGCCAGGGUAACAAACAAACUGCUGGACAGCCUGGGGGGUUUGGCUGUGGAGCUGGCGGGCAUGAAGUCGUGGCUGGACCUGCGCACCGAGCUGCUCUUCCUCCAGGUGAACGCCUCCUCCUCGCCCUCCGCUCUGUACCAGGCCGUCAGCAGGAUCGUGUGUGGUCACCCUGAGGGGGGGGGCCUGCAGAUCAAGAGCCUCAACUGGUACGAAGACAGCAACUACAAGGCUUUGUUCGGGAGCCACAACUCCAGCGAGGACCAGGAGGGGGCGCACUACGACAACUCCUCAACGCCGUACUGCAACAGCCUGGUCCAGAGUCUGGACUCCAACCCGAUGUCCCGGAUGAUCUGGACGGCUCUGAAGCCGCUGCUGAUGGGGAAGAUCCUGUACACGCCCGACACGCCGGCCACGCAGAGGGUCAUCCACGAGGUGAACCGGACCUUCCAGGAGCUCGGUGUGUUCAGGGACCUGGGCGGCAUGUGGGACGAAAUGAGACCCAAAGUGUGGCGCUUCAUGGAGGACGGAGAGCAGAUGGACGUCAUCCGGACUCUUCUGAAGAACAACGCCACGGCCCGGCUCUUCCACGCUCAGCUAAGCGGCACCGAUUGGACGGUCUCGGACGUCUCUGACUUUCUGUCUAAGCAGGCGUCUGACCUCCGACCCCCCGGAGAGGUCACCUGGAGGAACAUCUUCAACGAGACGGACGAGGCCAUCCGGAGCAUCUCGCGCUUCAUGGAGUGUGUGAACCUGGACAAGCUGGAGCCGGUCUCCACGGAGGAGCAGCUGGUGGACCGCUCCAUGGUUCUUCUGGAGGACCGCAGGUUCUGGGCCGGCAUCGUGUUCCCGGACCUCGAGCCCAACGCCACGGAGCUGCCCGACUCCAUCAGCUACAAGAUCCGCAUGGACAUCGACAACGUGGAGAGGACCAACAAGAUCAAAGACGCGUACUGGGACCCCGGCCCCCGUGCAGACCCCUUCGAGGACAUGCGGUACAUCUGGGGCGGCUUCACGUACCUGCAGGACGUCAUCGAGCAGGCCAUCGUCCGAACGCUGACCGGCACCAAGGAGAAGACCGGCGUCUACAUCCAGCAGAUGCCCUACCCCUGCUACGUGGACGACAUCUUCCUGCGGGUGAUGAGCCGCUCCAUGCCUCUCUUCAUGACUCUGGCCUGGAUGUACUCGGUGGCCAUCAUCCUGAAGAGCAUCGUGUACGAGAAGGAGGCUCGUCUGAAGGAGACCAUGAGGAUCAUGGGCCUGAACAACGGCAUCCUGUGGUUCAGCUGGUUCCUCAGCAGCCUGGUGCCCCUGCUGGUCAGCGCCGGGCUGCUGGUGCUGCUGCUCAAGACGGGGAACCUGCUGCCCUACAGCGACCCCGGCGUGGUCUUCCUGUUCAUGGGAUCCUUCGCGGUAGUGACCAUCAUGCAGUGCUUCCUGCUCAGCACGGCGUUCAACCGCGCUAACCUGGCGGCGGCGUGCGGCGGCAUCAUCUACUUCACGCUCUACCUGCCCUACGUGCUCUGCGUCGCCUGGCAGGACUACAUCGGCUACGGGGCCAAAGUCUUCGCGAGCCUCCUUUCCCCCGUGGCGUUCGGGUUCGGCUGUGAAUACUUCGCCUUGUUCGAGGAGCAGGGCGUGGGCAUCCAGUGGAGCAACCUGGUGUCCAGCCCCCUGGAGGAGGACGACUACAGCCUGCGCACCGCCAUCAUCAUGAUGUACGUGGACUCCUUCCUGUACGGCCUGCUCACCUGGUACAUUGAGUCCGUGUUCCCAGGUCAGUACGGGAUCCCUCGGCCCUGGUUCUUCCUCUUCACCAAGUCCUACUGGUGGGGGGAGCCCUACGUCAGGUCCAAGGUCCACCUGAGCCAGAAGGCAAACCCAGAAGUGGUGUGUAUGGAGGAGGAACCGGCUCACCUGGAGCUCGGCGUCUACAUCGAGAACCUGGUGAAGGUUUACCCCCACGGAAAGAAGCUGGCGGUGGACGGACUGACGCUGGGGUUCUACGAGGGACAGAUCACCUCCUUCCUGGGACACAACGGGGCCGGCAAGACCACCACUAUGUCCAUCCUCACAGGUCUGUUCCCCCCUACCUCAGGGACGGCCUACAUCCUGGGGCGAGACAUCCGGACCGAACUGAGCACCAUCCGGCAGAGUCUUGGUGUCUGUCCUCAACACAACGUCCUCUUCAGCAUGCUGACGGUGGAGGAGCACAUCUGGUUCUACGGGCGUCUGAAGGGUCUCUCUGAGCAGCAGGUCCAGGCGGAGGUGGAGCAGAUCCUGCAGGACACGGGUCUUCCUCACAAACGCAAGUCCCGGACCAGCGCUCUGUCGGGGGGCAUGCAGAGGAAGCUGUCCGUGGCCCUGGCCUUCGUGGGGGGGUCCAAGGUGGUGAUCCUGGACGAGCCCACGGCCGGCGUGGACCCGUACGCCCGGAGGGGGAUCUGGGACCUGCUGCUGCAGUACCGGCAGGGGCGCACCAUCAUCCUGUCCACGCACCACAUGGACGAGGCGGACAUCCUGGGGGACCGGAUCGCCAUCAUCUCCCACGGGAAACUGUGCUGCGUGGGCUCCUCGCUCUACCUGAAGAACCAGCUGGGGACCGGAUACUACCUGACCCUGGUGAAGAGGGAAGGGGCGGGCAGGACCUCCGUCAGCAGGAAGUCCUCCAGCAGCACCUCGCUCAGAGAGAAGGAGGGGGAGUGCUCCUCCAUCAGCAGCAGUGACGCCGGCCUCGGCAGCGAACAUGAGAGUGAGGUGGCGACUAUUGAGAGCGCCGCCCCCUUGCCCGAUGUCAUCCAGGUCUCCGGGCUGAUCCAGGGUCACGUCCCGGCGGCUCGCUUGGUGGAAGAUCUGGGCCACGAGCUGACCUACGUCCUGCCGUACAGCGCGGCCAAGGACGGGGCCUUCGCGGAGCUAUUCAGCGACCUGGACCAGAAGCUGGCCGAACUCGGCAUCUCCAGCUACGGUGUGUCGGACACAACGCUGGAGGAGAUUUUCCUCAAAGUGGCUGAAGAUAACGGAGUCGACACUGAAGUGCCCUCAGACGGCAGGUUCCCUGUGCGGCGCCGCAGGAGGGCUCAUGCGUUCGGAGGCAGCGACCAUCAGAGCUGUCUGAAGCCGCUCAUUGACGACGACAUCAACGAGUCUGACGGAGAACACGAGAGCAAGGAGACGGAGGGGCUGACCCUCUCCAAUGGGAAAGGCUCGUAUCAGGUCUCCGGCUGGGCUCUGCUGAGGCAGCAGUUUGUGGCUCUGAUGUGGAAACGUUUCCUGUACGCCCGCCGCUCCAGGAAGGGCUUCUUCGCUCAGAUCGUGCUCCCGGCAGUGUUUGUGUGCAUCGCUCUGGUCUUCAGUCUCAUCGUCCCGCCCUUCGGGGUUUACCCGAGUCUGGAGCUGCAGCCCUGGAUGUACGAGGACCAGGUGACCUUCAUCAGUGACGAUGCUCCUGGAGAUGCUAACAUGCAGAGGUUGUUGGGGUCUCUGAUGGACGCUCCGGGCCUCGGGACUCGCUGCAUGGACGGACAUCCCAUCCCAGAGGCUCCCUGUACGAUGGGUGAUGAGGACUGGAACUUCCCGGAUGUCCCUGAAAGCGUCCAGCAGCUCUUCCUGUCCUCUAAUUGGACGAUGGAUAACCCGUCCCCCGCCUGCUUCUGCAGCUGCGAGGGGAAGAAGAAGAUGCUGCCGGACUGUCCUGCUGGGGCCGGAGGUCUGCCCCCCCCGGAGAUGAUGUUGAGCGCCACCGACUCCCUGCAGAAUCUGACGGGCAGAAACAUCUCCGACUACCUCGUCAAGACCUACGCUCAGAUCAUCGGCAAGAGUUUGAAGAACAAAGUUUGGGUGAAUGAAUUCCGGUACGGAGGCUUCUCAUUGGGCGCCAGGAGCACGCAGGUCCUCCCCCCGGCCAAUGAGGUCGACGAUGCCAUCGAGAGGGUCCGCAAGAUCUUUGAGUUACAGAAGGGCGCGGCGGCGGACCGUUUCCUCGACAGUCUGUCAGGGUUCAUCAACGGCCUCGACACCAAGAACAACGUCAAGAUCUGGUUCAAUAAUAAGGGCUGGCACAGCAUCGGGGCGUUCAUCAACGUGAUGAACAACGGGAUCCUGCGGGCCAACCUGCCCCCCGGUCGAGACCCUCAGCUGUUCGGGAUCCGAGCCUUCAACCACCCUCUGAACCUGACCAAGGAGCAGCUGAGCCAGGUGGCUCUGGUCACCACCUCAGUGGACGUGCUCGUCUCCAUCUGUGUGAUCUUCGCCAUGUCCUUCGUGCCGGCGAGCUUCGUGGUGUUUCUGAUCCACGAGAGAGUCAACAAGGCCAAGCACAUGCAGUUCAUCAGUGGAGUGCAGCCCCUGCUGUACUGGACGGCCACCUUCACCUGGGACAUGUGUAACUACGUGGUCCCCGCUUCGCUGGUCGUCCUGAUCUUCGUGUGUUUCCAGCAGAACGCCUACGUCUCGUCCGCCAACCUGCCGGUGUUAGCACUGCUGCUGCUGCUCUACGGGUGGUCCAUCACCCCUCUCAUGUAUCCGGCCUCCUUCUUCUUCACGAUCCCCAGCACGGCCUACGUGGUUCUGACCAGCGUCAACAUCCUGAUCGGGAUCAACGGCAGCAUCUCCACCUUCGUGAUGGAGCUGUUCGGGAACAACCAUCCUGAGGGAGAUGGGUGAGGUCCACAGGAACAUGGGGUACUGUCCUCAGUUCGACUCCAUCUACGAGCUGCUGACGGGCCGAGAGCAUCUGGAGCUGUACGCUGUUCUGAGAGGAGUCCCUGAGAAGGAAGUCUGCGACGUGGCAGAGUGGGGCAUCAGGAAGCUGGGUCUGCUGAAAUACUCGGACAAAUCUGCAGGAAGUUACAGCGGAGGGAACAUGAGGAAGCUGUCCACAGCCAUGGCUCUGAUCGGAGCGCCACCUGUGGUGUUCCUGGACGAGCCGACCACCGGCAUGGACCCUAAAGCCAGGAGAGCUCUGUGGAGCGUCAUCCACAGCAUCAUCAGAGAGGGACGCUCCGUGGUGCUCACCUCACACAGCAUGGAGGAGUGUGAGGCUCUCUGCACCAGGAUGGCCAUCAUGGUGAACGGCAGGUUCAAAUGUCUGGGCAGCGUGCAGCACCUGAAGAACAGGUUUGGGGACGGGUACACCAUCAUCCUGCGGGUGGGGGGUCCGGACGCAGACCUGCUGCCCGUCAUGAAGUUCAUCGAGAGCGAGCUGAGCGGCAGCACCCUGAAGGAGAAGCACCGCAACAUGCUGCAGUACCAGCUGCCCUCCUCCCUCACCUCGCUCACACACAUCUUCUCCAUCCUGGCCCACCACAAGGAGGCGCUGUGCAUCGAGGACUACUCAGUCACCCAGACCACACUGGACCAGGUGUUCGUGAACUUUGCGAAGGACCAGAGUGACGACUAUCACUCCAAAGAGACGUCUGUGAGGCGGAGAGACGUCGCCAUCGAGGUGCCCCCCCCCCUCCAGGUGCCCCCCCCCCCUCAGCUGCAGCCCGGGGGCCGCAGAGGGGGGGGCGGUGCGGGAGAGCGCCAUGUGACCGCCGUGAUGUCACACUGUGAUGUCACUCUGUGGGCGGAGCCACCGGCCACCUCAUGCCAGUCAAUGCAAGACUUUAAGACCUAAACUUGAAUAAAACUUCUUCUUCUUCUGUGGUGCGUCCGCCGGGAAACCAGCGAAGAAUCAUUUCAAACGGCCGAGGGAUCGACUGCAAAUCUUUUUGUAGAAAACGUUUGAUUCCGUUUUUAUCAGAGUUUUAUUUAUAAGUAAGUUUAAUUUGUCCUUUUUAUUUUAGCGGAGCAUUAUGACUGUUCCCUGUAGCGUCUAACAGCCAAUCAGAGUGCUCGAUGCUGCACGGAGGAACAGACGGAUGAUUUUAUAGGUUGAUGUUUUUUAAGAAAACUGGAAGCAGGUGUGUGUGAGCUUUUAUUGUGAAAGACUGGAAGAGCAAGUGUUGUCUGAACAUCAAUAAAACAAACAAACUGAC